AUGAACUUUGAUCAAUUAACGGAUGAAGAGAAACAACAACUUUAUCUACAACAUUUACAGCAGCAACAACAACAACAACUACAGCAACAACAACAACAGCUACAGCAACAGCAACAGCAUAACCAGCAGCAAUAUGCCAACCAAUACUCCUCUCAAGGCUAUCAGCUGCUGAAUGUCGUUGCACACAUGAAUCAAGGCGAUGAUAGUUUUAUGGAUGAAGACACAACUGAGUUGAUUGAGGAGGUUCCAGCCCAAUUGGGUAAUCAUUCACCAGUCAGAGGUCAAGAACAACAGCAACAACAGAACUAUCAACAACAGGGGCUUUUGAAUACUUUGCCUCUACAAACGAACACAAUGUCGUCGCCGCGGUUUACCCAACUGGACAAGUUUGACCAAGGAUAUUCGUCCCAUGCUGGUUAUAAUGGCAAAGGAGUUCAAUUCAGCUCCAUAGAUUCCAUGAAUUACCAACCACCGGUGAACAAUUUUACCCAGUUGAAUAACAUGUCAAAUACAAACUUGUCGGAAAUUAGUAGUGGAAAUCACUCAUCCACUCUGAAUUUGACUAAUUUACAUGAGUUGGAUUCGCCACAAGAAACUCCAGUCACAUCAGCUGCUUGGUCGCAACAUGGUCAAUCUAUUGCACAAUCGGCACAAGCUCCAGCACAAGUUGCCCCACAGGGUCUGCAUUCGCCAGUAAGGGCACCUCAACAACAGCAACAACAGCUGCAGCAGCAACAACAACAGCAACAGGCCACCAAUUUAGUCCCACCUUCAACUGGCGCUCGCAACAUCAACCCACCAAGUAAUACAUCCACACACUAUGUACAUUUCAAUAGACAGCCACAUCUUUUACCAAGUGAGAUACAAGAUCGUGGUAAAGCUGUGAAAUUAAAGAUGGAAAAUUUCUACACCAUGGCAGUCAAUCAUGCUAUUGAAAGAAACCAAAGAAGAAUGCAAAUGGAACAAAAAUUAAUUGAAGAAGGUGCUGGGGUGUCAGAAGAACGUAAGAAUCGUCAUAUUCAAAACUAUAGCAAAAAGGAAAAACAAUUUCUUCGUUUAAGGAGAACCAAGUUGUGCUUGGAAGAUUUCGAAACCAUUAAAGUGAUUGGUAAAGGGGCUUUUGGUGAGGUGAGACUAGUACAAAAGAAAGAUAAUGGACACAUUUAUGCUAUGAAGACAUUGUUGAAAUCAGAAAUGUACAAGAAGGAUCAAUUGGCACAUGUGCGUGCAGAGAGAGAUGUGUUGGCAAACAGUGAUUCACCAUGGGUGGUGUCAUUAUUUUACUCUUUUCAAGAUUCGCAGUAUCUUUAUUUGAUUAUGGAAUACUUGCCAGGUGGUGAUUUGAUGACAAUGUUGAUUAGAUGGCAAAUUUUUACUGAGGACAUUACUAGGUUUUACAUGGCAGAAUGUGUAUUGGCAUUAGAGGCUAUUCACAAACUUGGUUUCAUUCAUCGUGAUAUUAAACCCGACAACAUUUUGAUUGAUAGACGUGGACAUAUUAAACUAAGUGAUUUUGGAUUAUCAACAGGAUUCCACAAGACCCAUGAUUCUAAUUACUAUAAAAAGUUACUAGAAGAGAACCCUAGUCAACCUCCAUUACCAGCAAAUCAGCUAACUAGUAACAACAAUGGACGUAACUCAAUGAUGGUUGAUGCUAUCCAUUUAACCAUGUCGAAUCGACAACAGAUGCAAACGUGGAGAAAAUCACGAAGAUUAAUGGCAUAUUCAACAGUUGGUACCCCAGAUUAUAUUGCUCCGGAAAUAUUUGUACAUCAAGGGUAUGGACAAGAAUGUGAUUGGUGGUCACUUGGUGCCAUUAUGUUUGAAUGUCUUGUUGGGUGGCCUCCAUUCUGUGCUGAGACCCCUCAUGAAACAUAUCGUAAAAUUAUUAAUUGGCAAGAAACGUUGCAAAUACCCGAUGAUGUUCAUCUUUCACCCGAGGCUGAAGAUUUAAUUAAGCGAUUAUGUACAUCAGCAGAGCAAAGAUUGGGUAGAUAUGGUGGUGCUGACGAAAUCAAACAACAUCCAUUUUUCCGCGGGGUUGAUUGGGAUACAAUACGUAAAGUUGAUGCUCCUUUCAUCCCCAAAUUGAGAUCAAUUACUGAUACGAGAUUUUUCCCUACUGAUGAGUUGGAAAAUGUUCCUGAUAAUCCAAUCUUGACUAAAGCUAUGGAGCAAAGGGAGUUGGAUGCCAAGAAUGGGGGUAGAAAGAAUCCCAAGGAGGAUUUGCCAUUUAUUGGAUAUACUUAUUCGAGAUUUGAUUAUUUGACUAGGAAAAAUGCGUUGUGA